AUACAAUGAUUAAAAACUAGCACAAUACAUUGAGCUGAAACGAAAAAGAUAAAAAGGGGUUUUGACCCUCAUCCUCCUAAUCAAGAGUAUCAACACUCAAUCAAUUAGUGUAUCAAUUUUAUUCCUUUAAAAUUAAACUUUGUCUGAAAAAAACUGGGAUAUAUUCCUUUCUGCGUAAACUUCAUUUAUUUCAGUCUCAACCUCAAUCAAUCAAUCAUUUGCUUGUUUUGUGUGUUAGAGUUCAACAAGAGAGAGAAAAUCAUGGAUGUUGUUCAGCUCUUACAGAGGCAAUUCAUCGACUAUAUGAAGUCUUUGUACAGGGAGCAUUAUUUGGAUGAUCAGUUCAACCAAUUGCAGAAAUUGGCUGAUGAGAGUAGCCCAGAUUUUGUUAUUGAAGUUGUUACUCUUUUUUUCCAAGAUUCUGAGAAGCUCCUUGAGAAUUUGAGCAAAGCUCUUGAGCAGCCUGCUGUAGAUUUCAACCAGGUGGCAAAUCAUGCUCAUCAGUUUAAGGGGAGUAGUUCUAGCAUUGGUGCACAUAGGGUCAAAAAUCAAUGUGUUAAGUUUCGAGCUUUUUGCGAGGAGAAAAAUCGUGAUGGAUGUCUUGCGUGUCUGCAAGAGUUGCAGCAGGAGUAUGUUGUUUUGAAAAAGAAAUUCGAAAUCCUUUUCCAGCUGGAGCAAGAGAUUGUGAAAAAUGGCGGGACAGUUCCUACCAUGGAUUAAGUCUCAGAAUCCAAGGCAAAACCAAAAAAAAAGAGACUGAGUAGAUUGCGAUUGAUGAUCCAGACCCUUUUACAGGUCUCCGUAACCUUCUCUUGAGAACCACUGUGAAUAACCAUUUCUAAAUCUAAUACUUUAGAUACCAUUUUCAUGUGAGAUAUAUUUCUGGCUUUAUCUGUUACCAUGUAAGUGACAAAAUGUUACAUGAUGUUCUUGAUUUUUUUUUAAGUUCUGUUUACUGUUUAGUGUUGAAACUUCUUUGUGGUUGACUUGUAGUCCAUUUAUAUCUUAUUAUAUUGAAUUGCUUCAGGUAUUGGCUGGUUGGAUGGUUAA